AUGCUUGCGAUAACGCCGCAUGUAUUUGCGACUUGAAGAAAGCCGGCCACAGAUUUCACUUAGCAGUGGUGGCAAGCGGACCAAAACUGAAAUGGUCCUCGCACUUCAAAUAUCUCGGCUUUUCUUUCGCACAGGAUGCAGUAGAAGCAAAGGAGUGUUGUUGACGGCGCAGAAAUGUAUGAGCAAUACAUCAUAUCAGUACUUAUUAAUUAACACUUUAGGUGAAAAGAAGAAUGUUGGUCUGGUCCAACUAAACAGGCCAAAGGCUCUGAAUGCCUUAUGUACUGAUUUAAUACUGGAAAUGGAUACAGCUAUUGCCAAAUUUGAAAAAGAUGACAAAAUUGGAGCUAUUAUUAUCACAGGGAAUGAAAAAGCAUUUGCUGCAGGUGCUGAUAUAAAGGAAAUGCUGAACCAAACAUAUUCUGAAGUCAUGAAGGGAAGCUUGUUUGGUGAAUGGAAACGAAUCUCACACUGCAGUAAACCUGUGAUAGCUGCUGUAAAUGGAUAUGCACUAGGUGGAGGAUGUGAAAUGGCAAUGAUGUGUGAUAUUAUUUAUGCUGGUGACAAAGCACGUUUUGGGCAACCAGAAAUUAUAAUUGGAACAAUACCAGGAGCUGGUGGUACUCAGAGAUUGACAAGAGCUGUUGGAAAAUCAAAGGCAAUGGAAAUGUGUUUAACUGGCAAUCAAGUUACUGCAAAGGAAGCCGAAAGAAUGGGUCUUGUGAGUAAAGUGUUUCCUGCUAGCCAGCUUAUGAGUGAAGCCAUCAAAUUAGCAGAGAAAAUCUCUUCAUAUUCACCACUGAUUAUAACUCUGUGCAAAGAGGCAGUAAACACAGAUCCAUGUGGGAGGAGAGUGGCUUGGGUGAUGUUUCUGGUGAGUUAAAUAAUGGGGGGAUAGCAGGCAAGGUGGAGAGGAAAGUUCCCCACCAUUGCCAAUUGAACCAGAGCUUCCAUGGCUGUAGUCUUGUCUGUGGAAAUAUGCAACAUAUCAUGAUACAUGCACGAGUUUUGAUACAAUUAAAAUGAAAAGUUUGUUUAAAAUUUUGUGUAGUUUUCAAAGUCAAUUUUUCUGACACUUUCACCAAACCAGCUAUGUGCAACCUUAUGAGGGCAGGGAGACACUGCAUCUGUUCAUCAACCACAUGAAUAGAGUGCUUCCAAGAUAUAUGCCACAUAUCAAGAAUGGUGGAAAGUUGACUUUUUUACAUAUGUUGGUUGAACAAAAAAACAAAAGAUGACACAGACAUUCUGUGUAUAAAAACGUGACCCAUAGAGACCGAUGCCUUUCAGCAAACCCAGGAGGACCAACAUAUCGUGUGGUUUCCAUUCUGUGAUGCAACAGUCAGUAAGAGACGUAGAGUCUUAAAUACAUAAUCGGAUGGGUGUUUCACUCAUAGAAGAAGAUUAAUGAUAUCUUGCAACAUGUUAAAGAUAACCUCAGCCUGAAGCUGCCAAGGACCUUUCCUUGAAAGUGUGAUAGCAAUUUCAUGGAGCAAUCCAUACAGAUUAUUGCUGACCACUGUAUGGAGCAUCUGUGUGUCACCUGAAAAGAAAAAAAAUUUGAAAAUUCAGUUGUGCCUGAGCAUGGAUUGUUAAAAAAGCACAAGAUUAUGUUUGAACAUAUGAGAACUAUUGAGACUUGGUUAUUAGAGAAGCUGUGUAAAUGAAGCUGUGUGAUAAAAGCUUCAAUAAAAACACCAGCUGUGCACUUAGCAAUGCAUGUAAGCAAGCAUUUGAUAAAAAAAAAUAGCUCAGAGGAACACUUUCCAUAGUUCACCGCCUGAUACAAAUAAUGGCACUGCAAGCAAUGUGGGAUAGAGAGUGCAAACCUAGUUGAUGCACAUAGAGAGUGCCACCUCAGUACACACCAUCUCUGUGAUGGCAUCCUGAUGUAACCUAGCCAAUCAGGUGCCAUCCUGUGAGUAUAAAACUGGGAGGCUUGUCAGUUUUGUAACAAUCAGGCAUGGUCCCUGGUGACAAUGGAACUAUUCAUCGAAAGCUUGGGAUUUUAUCCAAAUUUGAUGCUGCAAGUUUACCAAGAAGUUUUCAUUCUUGGCUUGCAAUACCUUAAUGAAAAUGGGCUUUAUUCAGCAAUAUCAGGAGUGCUAGUACUUCUAUUCAAAUCCACAGAAAUAUAAUCUGUGGCAGACUGUAGGUACAAGAACUGAAUUCAUGAGGAGCAAGAUUCAAGUUUUUUAAAUAUUAUCAACUUAGUUUUAUCUGAACAAUUGUUCUUGCUAUGAAUAGAUCCAGGAACAACAAGAGAUAUAUUUAUAAGCAUUUAGUGUCAACAGAAGUUCAGAACAGUGUAUGCAAUAGAUUCAAAAAAGUGAAUGCAAUAGUAAGAAAUAAAAGAAGACAAAACAGCAUGUUAAGGAUCCACUGAUGUUAAUUAUUACUUAUUGAUUAAUUAAAUAUGUCUGAUUGUAAUUGUAUAAUGAAUUAAGUUUGUAGUCACUAUAUUAACAUCUGUUUAUGAUAAUCAGUUUUUGUUGUCUCUCAGAAGCUGUGUGUUUCAGUACAGUAAAUUGUUCUGCAAAUGCAUGGACAGAACACAAAUAUGUGUACAAUUAUAUCAUCCUUAGAUUAGUAGCUAAUAAUAUCUACCAGUUUCCUUUCUAUGAGCCUGUCAGCAACUCAGUGCUUCAUAUACGUAAUGAGUAGCAUCUAUUCUUUUCAUAUUGCCGUUAUUUCAUCAUAUCGCUAAUGAGAGUAAAACAUUUAUUGCUAUAAAAGCCUAGCAACCUGUUAUAAUACUUUUUUCCUAGCCUUUCAUCAUACAAAUAGUAUCCUUAUCAUUUUGAUCUAAUCAUAUGUCAUUAUUAGAUGAUUACAUAUUGUAUUCAGGAAUGUAUUUCUGUGUUUACAAAUUAAUUUGGUUUGUAAUAACAGUUUCCCAUUAUUUUACUAGAUGUUAAUUUGAUUUGUAAUAGUUUUCUGCUGUUUUACUACCCCCACCACCUUGUUUACCUUUCCAAACAGAUCAUUUGACAAUGACUUGGUAAUGUGACAGAACUGGUAAUGGUACCAUUUGUGUGACCUGAGGCUGAAAUAUAUGAUCAAAAAAUUACAAGAAA